CUGGCUAAAUCAUCGCCGAAAUCGAAGAGGAAUAGCGGCGCUGCCGCAACACCUUCUUCUUCCUCAUCAUCCGCUACCAAUUUUGAUGAGCCUUUGGGAAAUAAUGAAUCCACUGCGUCUACGUCAACCGCAACGCAGCCGUAUUCUCGAAUGGCUGCGGCCACAGCCACUUGGUAUCCGCAAAACCCCCAACACGGGAAUGGCUACCUUGCGGCACCCGUAAUGCCACCAGCCGCAAGAUCUCCCGCGGGUUAUGGAUACCCUCCAGGAUAUCCAGGAGGCUAUCCUUCGCCAGGAAGCGGAAAAGCCUAUCCUCCGCCUGUACCGCCUCAAUAUCAAGCCAUUCCACCACCUGGCUAUUAUCCCAAUCCCCAACAAUUAGCCGCGCGUGAUCAUUAUUUUCGAUCACGUGGAAUGUAUCCGCCACCCAUGUAUUAUGGUAAGUUUCCCAAUAUAUUAACUAAUGAGAAGAAUAAAGUAUAUAGAGAAGAAAAACCGGGAGGGGGGAUAAGCAGAUUUUGGUUGCCUUGGUGAUGUAUGCGCGAAUUGAUUAGAAAGAUUUUUUAGGUGCUAGAAGAAGGGAAUUAGAAAAAUAGGUUACCAUACUAGAAAUCCACAGAACCCCUAAUAUUUCGUUUUUUCCAGGAAAUGGAACCGCACCCCAACCGGGACAAUUUCAUCCGGGAAUGGAUCCCAAUUACUAUUAUCAACAGCAUGGUAUGAUGCCACCGCAUUAUCCACCACAACACAUGCAAAACUUCUCCCCGGGGCAAUAUCCUGGCCGAAUUCCACCCGGUGCUCAACCUCCGCCCGGGCAACCGACAGCGAUGAGAGCGCCGAUGCCACAAAAUAUGGCGCAACAUGAGAUGGAUGAACAUCAGAGACAGGCGUGGAUGGCUCAACAACAUCAAAUGCAGCAGCAGCAACAACAACAAGCGGCUGCUAUGGCUGCGGCGAGUAGUGGAAGUAGCACACAACCAGCUACACCGUCAGCAUCGAAUUCCGAAGCGGUUGCGCAAGCUGCGAGUACGAGUCAAGCGGGAAGUCGCGCGCCGAGUGCUGGACCAUCUGCAACACCAGAUAGUACGUCGAGAAUGAGUGGAGGAGCGGAUACUGCGGAGAAUAGCAAUACCGCGGAAGAGGCAUCGACAUCUUCUGCACCACCAGCACCUGCUCAACCAGCUCAACCACAGCAGCAACCACCUCCGCAACAAGUUCCACCACAACCUGGUCAGCCACCUUAUUAUCCACCAGGACCUUAUCCACCACCGCAAAUGAGACAACCUGGAUUCGCCCCAGCGCCUUAUGCUUAUCCUGGAGGACCUCAUCCACCACCUCCACAUCCUGGAUAUCACCCAGCUGCACAUCCGUCUCACCCGCAACACGCGCAAUUCAUGGCUUGGCAGCAGCAACAACAACAUCAGAGAUAUGUUCAGCAACAACAGCAACAACAAGCUCAACAGCAGCAGCAAAGAUAUCCGCCAAACUAUCCGCGACCUCAACAACCCCCACAAGCUCCUUCGCCAUCAACAAUUGCCAAGAGGUAUCCCCAACAACCACCGCAACAAGUUCCAGUGCCUCAACAAGCAAGAGGAUUGCCAAUUCCAUCAACAUCUCAAGCAAUUCCUCAACAAUCGCAACAAGCCAGCGCUACGCAACCACAAUAUCCACCAGGAUGUGUUGAAUCAACUACGGCCACUCAACAAAUCAAGCGACGCAAGAUUUUCGCAAGAGAAUUGUACAAUGCUACCCCGCGCAGACUUAUAAUGGCAAUGCGAUCGGGACUCGAUGCGGAAGCGGUUUGGGCAAUCAACUCUCUCACAAUUCUAUUAUACGAUGAUUCGAAUCCACAGCCAUCUUUGCAACAAAUGCCCGGAUUGUUGAAUGUUAUUGUUGAGCAUUUGUAUGCGACACUUGCCAUUUUGUAUCCAAAACAUUUUGAGGUAUGUUAUUCGGGGUUUUUUUUUGUAAAAAUUGAAAAAAGUGUAACAUUUUGAUUGGAUUUUUUUUUUUGGGAAAAUGUUUUGGUUUACAAAAAGUGUACAGAAAUAAUUAAAGUUUACAGUUUUUACACACAAAAGUAUUUGGGAAUUAAUUGAGAUUUAGAAAAAAAAUCGUUUUUGAAAAUGGCAGAUUCUAGUUUUGUCUGAAAAUUGUAGAAUUUUCAGCCUGAAAUUCAUCUCUAAAAGUCAGUAAUUUUUUCCACAAAAUUUAGAUCAUGAUGAAUUCAAGAAGGCCCGGAAUUUUCGAGCCUAAAACUUAAGCUUUGAAAAUUCAGUCUGAAAAUUAAGACCAUGAACAAACAAAAUUUCAGUCGAUUUCCAAAAUGAAUAUAUCAAAUCCUAGUUUUUCUCUGAAAAUCCAGGCUUAAAAAAUAUUUUCAAAAAUUUGUUCCCGAAUUUCUAUGUCCUCAAGUUUUCCUCCCCAAACCCCUUUUAUUUUCAGCUCGAUGAACCUGGAAAACCACAAAUCUUUGACGAUUCCAAAACUCUUGUUCAACAAUUGAUUGACAAUAAAACUGGAGACUUGAAAUUGUUUGUUGAUCGAAUGCCAGUAAUUACCAGAAAAUCAUCAGCCGACAAAAAUCAAUGUUACACAAUGAAAUCAAGAAAUGGAAUUGCUGUCCAAUUUCGCGAUGAAAAAAUGCCGCGAUUUUUGACGAAACGAGUGAAUCGAGAAAAUGCCGAAACAGAAAACCGCGAAGAUUCAUCAUUGACAACAAAAUAUGUGGAAGAACGAGCGAGAAUUGGAUUGGGAGGUGGAUUGGCUGAAAGAAUUUAUGCGAAAUUGAAGGAUAAAUUGGUGAUUGAAGAGAUUGAAAGGAAACCGGUGUUUUCGAAAUAUGAAGUUAUCAAUAAUAAUAAUACACAGGAAGAUAAUGAAGAGAAAGAAGAAGAAGAAGAGGAAGAUUUGACAUUGGCAAUGUUGAAAGGAGCUGAACCAGAAGAAUUAUCUGAAUGUAAACAUGAAAAAGAAUUAGGUUGGCCGAAACCAUCUGCAUUAUGUCCGAAAAGUGAAAAGAUUGAACAACUCACCCAAAGAGCUCUUGCUUUAUCCAAUAUUUUGCGCGGUUUCUCAUUUGUGCCCGGAAGUGAACAUUUAAUGGCGAAAGAUCAAGCAUUAUUGUAUAUAUUGGGAAGGUUCCUCAAACUCUAUGUUCAUGAAAAACGAAUUGUUGCGCAAAAACGCAAUAUUGUUUUGAAUCCGGAUGAGCUGAAAAAGGUGCCUGAAAAUGAGUCGCUUGAUGAGCAGCGAGAAAAAGCGCUGGCUGUUUUGGAUGUUGAUGAUGCGAAUGAGACGAUGUUGAUUGAGACGGCGAAUUUGUUGAGAGAUGAUUCGUUUGUCAUGUUGUCGCAUAUGAGUGUAUCGGUGAGUUUUUGAAGAUUUUGGGAGUUGGGAGGGCAAUGGGAAGUCAAAAAUCAAAAACUGUGUUAUUUUUGUGAAAAAAAACCUUCACGCCGAAUCAUUAAAAAAAUCUUCAAGAUGAAAUUUAUUAUGGAUUUUUGAAACAGUCGAUUUUUUUCUUUAAAACACCAUUUACCAACAAUUUUAAAUCUGUUUAAAUUUAAUACGAAAUUCUUGAAACAGUAUUUUUCUUGUUUCUUGUUGAAACCCCCUAUUUUUAGUUAGAUCUCGCGAGUCAUCGAAAGUUUUGAAUUUAUAUUUUUGAAGCAGGGAAUUUCCGGUUCAGUAAAUUUUUUUUUUUGAAAAAAUCUAUCAAAUUUUUAUCUUCAAUGAAGAAGUACCAUCAAAAUUGUCGACUCCCCUAAAUUUAGAGAUCAAUAUUUUUAGAUUUGGAACUGUUAUAUAAAAUUUUUGAAACAUGUUUUUUCGGGCUUGAAAAUUAUGUCAGAAAAUUUCUAAUUUUUUUAAAACGACAUCUACCUCCUUCCCCUUUCUCCUUUUUAAUUCAUUUUUUUCCAGCUUGCCCUAUUCGAUCUACCAAGUUCAAUAUCGUACCCAAUCUACGAUGGCCUUCUCCAUUGGGCAGUUUCAUCAGUUCCCGAAGCCACUGAUUAUACAUUACCAAUUGUUGUUUCGCCGCGCGAUUAUUCGCUCGAAAUUAUGUGCAAAAUGGUGGUUGUCGAUCGAAAUGUUGAUAUGUUUUUGUCGACUGGAAAAUGGUCGAGAAUGGAGAAGUUUGUGAAUAUGUUGGCCAAAUUGCUGACAAUGAAUGAGGAAACGCAUUAUAGGUGAGGAAUUUUGGCAUUUCAUUUAUUUUUUGAAACAGUAAAUUUUUUGGAGAAGAGAAAGUAGAGUUUCUAUCAAAAUUUCUUGUGUUACACAUUGUUGUGGAAUUUUUGACACGGAUAAAAAAGAGAACAUUUUGUUUUUCAAAAAUUUUGAAACAGUGAAAACAAAUCUGAUAAAUUCGAUUUUUCCUGUGAUUUUUAAACAAUAAUUAUAUUUAGAAGACUUGAUGAAACGUUUUAUUUUCAAAAAUUAUUAGUUUAUUCAGUUUUUGAAACAGUGAACAUUUUUGAAAAUUCAAAAAUUGCACAGAAAUGUUUAUCCAAAGUUUCAAUUCGAAAACAAUCGUGAGAACAUUUUGUUUUUUAUGAAAAAUAUUAACUCAUCAUUUUGAAACAGUGAACAUUUUGGAAAAUCAAUUUUUCUCGUUUUAUCGCAGUUGAUUAGAAUUUAAAUGCACAUUUUCAUGAAACAGUCUUUUUAUAAGUAAAUUUGAUGAAACAGUGAAUUUUUCACAAACAAAUGUUCUACUUUCAAUUCAAAUUUUUUUUGCAGAGAAUUUGCAAUCGUCAUUUUGAAUGCUCUUUGUGUUUUGAAUGAAGCAGUUUGUUAUCUGUGCGCAAUUGAAACCAACGCAAUCAAUCAUUUGAUAUUAUUCAUUGAUUCGGCUGAUCAAAAUAUGCAUCAAGUAAUGCAACAACACGGAAUGACUGCGCUAAGAGAUAAUCCAGAAUUGAUGGGAACAUCUGUUGGAAUGUUGAGAAGAGCUGCAAGUAUGCUCAAAUUGUUGAUUAAGGUGAGAAAAUCAAGAUUUUUGAGAGAAAACUAUGAAUUUUCACCCGAUUUUCAGUUCCCAAAUUAAAAUGAGCAAUUUUCAGGUGCCUAUGGCUUAUCGAACUUUCCUCAAACAUCAACAACGAUUAUUGCAAUUUACAAUGAGCCAAUUGGUGAGUUUUUCUUUUUUUUUUUUUGAAUUUUUUUUUCAAAACCACUAAAUAUUCAGUCUGAAAUUUUGAGCUCAACGUAUUUUUAAAAAAUUUCCCGAAAUUUUGAAAAUUAAUUUUUUUUUUAUUUACUUUCUCCUUAUCAAAAAUAGUUUGUCUAUUAUUUAAAAUGAGCGAAUUUUGAAACGUAUUUUUCACCUUAUUUGAACAAUUGACUGGAAACUUGAAAAUGAAUUUAAUUUUGACUUAAGAUUUUUAAAAAAUUUAAAAAUUCUGAAGAUGUUGAGCUUAAAACGAUGAAGUUUAAUUUUUUCCUGAAAAUUUCAUUUAAAAAAAUUAAUUUUCAAAACUUUUAGAUGGAUUCACGAGUUGCUGCAAUGGUCGCUGAUACACUUUACGAAGUUCAAGAUUUGGUUCGAGAAUUUGGCGAAGAUAUUCCUGAAAAAUCCACAUUCUCCCUUUCCUCAAAAGCAUCUGGAAGCGGUGAAAACCAGGCAAAAAAAGAAGAAAAAAAUGAGAAUGGCGAAGAAUUGAAUGAGAAUGGAAAAAUGGAAAAUGAAGAGGAAAAGAAGGAAAAUCAUCAUGAACAACAAAAUGGAAAGAAUGAAACAAAUGAAGAAGAUGAGAUUGAGGAUGAAGAGGAAAGUCAGCAACCGAGUUCGUUUAAAUUGAAACAGCAGAAAAAUAAUGCGUAUAAGAGAAGUGCGAUUAUUGAUGAGGUUAGUUUUUUUUGAGAUUUUUUGGGGGAAAAUUUGAAGUUUUCAUGAAAUAUUUACUGUUUCGAAAAUUUGAAUAAAUUCGAUUUUUUCUCAAUUUUUUAUUGUUCAAAAUUAACUUUUCAAAGUAUAAAUUGAAUUUUCUGUAAGAAUAAUUCUAGAAAAAUUACUGUUUCAAAAAUUAGAGAAAUUACGAAUUGCUCCCAAAUUUUGAUUCCACAAUAAUUUUAAAAAUUUACUGUUUCAAAAAUGUUCAUUUAAAUUUCGAUUUUUCCUUUUCUUAUUGUGGCUGCGAUUUUGAAUUUAAUUCAAAACCUUUAUCGAUUUCAGUAAUUUCCAAACAUUUGGUUGAACUUUGGGUUCAAACUAGAUUUUUUUCUGAUAAAUCCUAUUAUAUGUUUUUUCAGCAAUCUCGAUCUCCGCCAACAAAACGAUCAUGUCUAACCAACGGAUUCGACAAAAAAUCAUCGCAACAAACAUCGAAAACCAACGGAACAUUGAGUGAAACAACAUCAACUCAACAACCACAAAAAUCGCAUGACGGAGGUGCAAUGACAACUGCCGUUGCCUAA